CUAGGGCAUAUACAAAGAGAACGCUCCCUCCCAUAAGUGAGUGACGUCCUCCUGCCCCUCUGGUCCAGCUGGCAAGGCAUCACGAGCUCUGUCGUGACUACAGAGGUGGGCGCGGUGGAAGGCUCGGUGUGCUUCCCGUUGUGCCUGGCGCUCGAGGUGUUAGCGUACCGAGGCCUGGACAGUCCAGGCGAGGAGCGGGAGACGAACGGAGGUGGAGGAGAUGGCGUCUCAGCCGCCACCUCCCCCGAAACCCUGGGAGACCCGCCGAAUUCCGGGUGCCGGGCCAGGAACAGGCCCAGGCCCCACUUUUCAAUCUGCUGAUUUGGGUCCUACUUUAGUGACAAGACCUGGACAACCAACACUUACCAGAGUGCCCCCACCUAUUCUUCCAAGGCCAUCACAGCAGGCAGGAAGCAGCAAUGUGAACACUUUCAGACCUGCUUACAGCUCAUUUUCUUCUGGAUAUGGUGCCUAUGGAAAUGCAUUUUAUGGAAGCUAUAGCCCUUAUAGUUAUGGAUAUAAUGGGUUGGGGUAUAACCGCCUCCGUGUAGAUGAUCUUCCACCCAGUAGAUUUGUUCAGCAAGCUGAAGAAAGCAGCAGAGGUGCAUUUCAGUCCAUUGAAAGUAUUGUGCAUGCCUUUACCUCUGUCAGUAUGAUGAUGGAUGCUACCUUUUCAGCAGUCUAUAACAGUUUCAGGGCUGUAUUGGAUGUAGCAAAUCACUUUUCCAGAUUAAAAAUACAUUUUACGAAGGUUUUUUCAGCUUUUGCAUUAGUUAGGACUAUACGGUAUCUUUACAGACGGUUACAGCAGAUGUUAGGUUUAAGAAGAGGCUCUGAGAAUGAGGACCUGUGGGCAGAAAGUGAAAGAACUGUGGCGUGCCUUGGUGCUGAGGACCGAUCAGCUAACUCAGCAAAAUCUUGGCCAAUAUUCUUGUUCUUUGCUGUUGUCCUUGGUGGUCCUUACCUCAUCUGGAAACUGCUGUCUACCCACAGUGAUGAAGUAACAGACAACAUCAACUGGGCAAGUGGUGAGGAUGACCAUGUAGUUGCUAGAGCAGAAUAUGAUUUUGUUGGCGUAUCUGAAGAAGAAAUUUCUUUCCGGGCUGGUGAUAUGCUAAACUUAGCUCUCAAAGAACAGCAACCCAAAGUGCGUGGUUGGCUUCUGGCUAGUCUAGAUGGUCAAACAACAGGACUCAUACCUGCAAAUUAUGUCAAAAUUCUUGGUAAAAGAAGAGGUAGGAAAACGAUGGAAUCAAGUACAAUUUCCAAGCAGCAACAAUCUUUUACCAACCCAACGCUAAGUAAAGGAGCCACAGCUGCUGAUGAACAGGAAGCUGCCUUUGAAUCUGUUUUUGUUGAAACUAACAAGGUUCCAGUUGCAUCUGAUUCCACUGGGAAACGUGGAGAUAAACAAGAUCUUUGAUAUCUUUCAUCUUUGCCUGCAGUUGAACAAUACUUUACAGUACUUUUUAAUAUUAUUUCUCAUAAAGAAAUUAAUCUACAAUCCAAUGAAAAUAUUUGUUAUUGGCUAUUACAGGUGUUUUGCUGCUAGAGAUUAUAAAGUUGUACACUAGUAUAUUGGUCUAGUGACCUGGUUACAUUUUACAAGUUAUUGGACCAUGAAGAUAUUUGUUUCACCUAGAUUUGAAGAUUAUGGAGACUGUUAUCAUUUCAUCUUAUUUAAAUCCCUAAGUUUACUGAAAGAGUAAGAUUGACAAACUAUAUAGAAUGCACAGUUUGCUACAAUAGGGAUCUUUAGUGCUUUUCAAAGUUCUAGCAUAAUUGACUUAGAAUCCUCAGAAGUUGAGAACAGGCAAAAAGGCUAAUUUUUUUACAACCUUAAAUAAUCUGAAUAAUAAAAUUUUCUUAUCUGCAU